GUGAGUUAUUAAGCCUUUCGUCCGUUAUUAAUUAAUGAAUAAAGGUGGUGUUAAUAACCCAUUAAAAUAUUAGCCUUAACGCAACCCUAGUUAGAGCCAUGAUUUCUACCCCAGUCGAAACUAAUGGUACCAUCGCCACACCCGCCAAUAUCACCAACCUCGAAUGCACCCUCUCCAUCCACGACCCCAAAUGGAAACCCGCACCCUGGCCCAUCGACGACAAUGGCAACGAUGUCGUCUUCUCAGUCUGGGCUCCUCUGAUGGUAGGAUUCAUCCUGGAAGUCACCCCCUCCGAAUAUCCCUUCCAACUCACCAAAGUCCUAAACGCCAUGUCCAUGCUCUCCGGCAGCGGCAACAUCCGAACUCUGGAUAAAUCAGACGUAAUCUCAUUCGGCGCCGGAGAAACAUACGGAUGUCAGAUUCCCAAUACGCGGAUAGACAUGUCUGUAUACGUUAUCACUCUGGUACUGGUGGCAUUGUUCCUACUCAUGCUGGCGAUUGAUCUGUAUGAUGUGGUGAGGAAUAAAUUCGAUAAAAGACAUAAGGACGUGGAGAAGAUGCCGUUUGAGAUCCUGGACUGGCAAGUUGCGCUGGUGGAGAAGAUGACGGGUGAUAGCAUUUCGAGGACGAGACAUUUGGCGAAAUACGAGUAUUUUUGGGAUGAGAGGAGUGGGACGUCCUAUUGUAGGAGGAUUGCAAAGCGAGGAAGUGUUUAUGAGGCUGUUGAGAAUCCCGGGGAGAAUGGCUAUCGGUGUUAGAAAUAAGUGGCCGAUCAAGGCAGGACGCGACGCUGUAAUGAAUGCGCUGUUUUUAUCGCAACUUAAGAGAAAAGCAU